AUGGCAGGGUUCUCUCUUCGCUUCAUGAGGCGCACAACAAGCCUGGCCGUCCAUGCGAUCGCCGUCCCUCACGCCCGCCUCUUAGUAGCGCUCCUCGUGGAGCACCAGGACAGGAGGCGCCUGCUUCUGCAGAUCCAUUCACAGCUCAUUGCCCACCAGGUGUUUGACCGGCGUCCCACGCCAUGGCACGCCCUCCUCAAGGCCUACUCCCAUGGCCCUUUCCUGCAGGAGGCCCUGCAAUUGUUCAGGUAUGCACAGUGGCAUGCGGCUGAUGAUACGUAUGCCUUCACGUUUGCCCUCAAGGCCUGCGCUGGCCUGGGAUGGCCACGGGCUGGCGCACAACUCCAUGGGCUUGUCAUUCGGAAGGGUUUCGAGUUCCACACCUACGUGCAUACUGCCGUUGUUAAUGUGUAUGUCGUGUGUGGGUGCCUGGUGGACGCACAGAUCGUGUUUGAGGAAAUGCCAGUGAAGAACGCGGUUUCUUGGAAUGUGGUGAUCACUGGCUUUGCUGCAUGGGGUGAGGUUGAGUAUGCGAGGCUGCUCUUUGAGCAGAUGCCUUGUCGGAAUGUUAUUUCUUGGAGUGGGAUGAUAGAUGGAUAUACACGUGCUUGUUGCUUUGUCGAGGCCGUUGCUCUAUUUCGCCACAUGAUGGCAGAAGGCAUUCACCCAAGUGAGAUAACUGUGUUAGCAGUUGUUCCUGCACUAUCUAAUAUUGGAAAGAUUCUUAUGGGGGAGGCACUGCAUGGCUACUGUGAGAAGGAGGGUCUUGUAUGGGAUGUCCGGGUUGGCAAUUCACUCAUAGACCUGUAUGCCAAGAUUGGGUCUAUCCAGAAUUCAUUAAGGGUAUUUGAUGAAAUGCUGGACAGAAGAAACUUGGUGUCGUGGACAUCAAUAAUUUCAGGUUUUGCAAUGCACGGGUUGUCAUCUAAGGCAGUCGAAUUGUUUGCAGAUAUGAGAAGAGUUGGAAUCAGGCCUAACAGAAUAACCUUCUUGAGUGUCCUCAAUGCUUGUAGCCAUGGAGGGCUGGUGGAGCAAGGAGUAGCAUUUUUCAAUAGUAUGGUUUAUGAAUACAAUAUAAAUCCAGAGAUCAAGCAUUUUGGGUGUAUCAUAGACAUGCUAGGUAGAGCUGGAUGUUUGUGUGAGGCCGAGCAUAUAAUAGGUGAUUUGCCUAUGGAAAUCAAUGUAACUGUUUGGAGAACACUGUUGGGUUGUUGCAGUAAGUAUGGAGAAGUGGAUAUGGGAGAGAGGACAAUGAAGAAGAUAUUAGCCUUAGAAAGAGAAUUUGGUGGUGAUUUUGUAGUUCUAUCCAAUAUGCUCACUGAGCUUGGCAGGUUUAGUGAUGCUGAAACAGUACGGAAACAAGUCGAUCAGAGGAAUUCAGUUAAGGUUCCUGGGCUUGCUUUGGUUGAUGGGAGCCAGUAG